GACAAGACAGGAAGCAUCUAAUUUUCACAAUGAGAGUUCAAAAUAAGGAUAAACAGAAAGUUUGAGAAAAGGUGCUUGAAGACUAAACGAUUAGUUGCAAUUACUGGAAAUAAACAACAAAGAAAUAAAGAAAAACUCAGCUCGACUUUAUGAGGUGCGGAAGGACAGAUGCGAUAUUCUGUUUGUGUGGCAGACAGCAGCUAGGUAUAGCUAUCUAGCUAGUUUGCGUCUCAAAUCGAAAAAGAACAUGGCCAUGACCCAGGAAAGUGGGAUUCAGUAUGAACCAGUGGCUGAGAUAGGAGGGGGUGCAUAUGGCACAGUAUAUAAGGCCAGAGAUAAACAGAGUGGACAGUUUGUAGCUCUGAAGAGUGUGCGUGUGCAGACAGACCAAGAGGGCCUCCCCUUGUCUACUGUGCGAGAGGUGGCCCUGCUAAGAAGGUUGGAACAGUUUGACCACCCAAAUAUUGUGAAACUCAUGGAUGUGUGUGCCACAUUAAGAACAGACCAGGAGACUAAAGUUACUCUGGUAUUUGAACAUGUGGAUCAGGACCUCAAGACGUAUCUCGAGAAGGCUCCACCCCCAGGACUGCCUGUUAGCCGAAUUAAGGACUUGAUGCGGCAGUUACUCUGUGGUCUGUCAUUUCUGCACUCCCAUCGAGUGCUCCACCGAGACCUGAAGCCAGAGAACAUCCUGGUCACUAGCAGGGGUCAGGUGAAACUCGCUGAUUUUGGCUUGGCUCGCAUAUACAGCUGCCACAUGGCACUCACACCGGUGGUAGUAACUUUGUGGUACCGUUCCCCUGAGGUCUUGCUCCAGUCAACCUAUGCCACUCCUGUAGACAUUUGGAGCACAGGCUGUAUCUUUGCAGAGAUGUUCAGAUGCAAGCCUCUGUUCUGUGGAGAAUCAGAAGUGGACCAACUGACAAAGAUUUUUUCUGUUAUUGGCCUGCCAAGUGAAGACGAGUGGCCAACAGAUGUUACACUUUCCCGUCAAAACUUUUGCCCUCAAAGCCCCCAACCAAUCACAGACAGCGUUCCUGAAAUUAGUGAGGAGGGAGCAGACCUUUUGUUGAAAAUGCUAACGUUCGACCCCUUAAGAAGAAUCUCAGCCCUAAGUGCGCAGGAGCAUCGUUUCUUUUCGGAUCAACCUGAUAAUUCCUAGAAAAGAGUGGCUAAAGCCUCUCUACUCUUGUUAAAGUAACAUGCUUGUGGCAUUAUAAAGCAUUAAUGAGUUUACAGCCUGAUUUGCUGCCAUGUACAGAGGACAAAAGUUUCAUGGUGACCAAAACUGACUUGUAAGAUGGAUUGUUUUGUUUGUGGAACAUUUUAAUUUUACUUUUAAGUUGAUGCAGAAACAUUUGCUAAUUACAGUUUUUAAAUUUUAUUUGUAACGGUAAAGUGCUAAUGUGAUUUGGCAGUCAGGAUGUCCUCAUUUGCAGUUUACUGAACUCUGCGUUAGAAAUACUCAUAUCCUCAGUCAAGUUUCUGUACUGAUAAAGGUUUCCCAAAAUAUUAUGCAAAUCUAACACUGAGCUUUUAACUGUCUAAAAUCAUUAUUUUCAUUAUGUAUUUUAGAUUAUUUCUAUUUUUAUAAACAUAGAAUUGACUAAUAGGUCAUAAAGCAUUUAAAUUGGAGUAUAUUUCACUUUGUAAUGCUAAUCAAUAUGAUUUUCCCCCGUCUGUUUAAAGGGAGUUCAGGACAUGUGCCAUUACACUUGUUCACAUGUGUUUGCACUGUGAUGUCACUACAUUCCACAGUAAACAUUCAAUAGGUAGUUGUCUGGGACAAACCAUUUAUCAGAAUACCAAUGUAUUACACUUAAAAUGGUUACAGUGAGCAUGGACAAAUGAUAGUAAAAAUUAGUGUUUCAAGAUACGUAUUGGUAUACCCUGGUGUUUUUUAAUUGCGGUUUUGUCAGUAAUUGUAUUUUGUGAUACCAUUUUAAGUGUGUGCUCACAUUUAGGUCAGUAAAAGUGGUGUAUGCGGAA